AUGUCCUCUCCUGCGAACAGCUCCAAUUCGGAUGGCACACCCGUCGACGGCCAAGGCCCUCUCGGCAGAGGCAUCCGCGUCGACAGUCAGGGCUUGAUCAUGCAGCCCCACAUGAUGGCCUCGGGCAGCGGGCCCGCUCCCGGCGGUGCUGGUCCGGUCGGCACUACUCUCGGUCUCGAUACGGCCAGCGGGGACCCGGGCACCACUGCCGCCCCCUAUCCUGGGCCUCUGCAAAGUAGCGCCAGCUGCGGUGUCACUUCCGGGGAGCCCGUUAUCAUUGACGUUGGCGAACCGGCAGCAGAAGGCGCUGAAGUUCCGGAACAGUCUGGUCUGUACCCGGCUCCGAGCUAUACUCCCGCCUGA